GAACUAUCAAAUAUGCAGCUAGGAGUCAUUCUGCUGGUUCUCCUGAAGGUCGGGGCAGGGGGAGAGGCACUGCACCUAAUCCACUUACCUGCUACAGCCAACAUAGCAGAGAAUUCUCCAUCUAAGACUCCUGUGCACGCAUUUGCUGUAAAUUUGUCAUUGUCACUUUCACCUCUGACCUCAGGGUUCCCCUGGAUAAUCAACUCAAGUCCCCUGACUAAAGCCUUCAGGGUGAACUCACUGUCAGUCACCAACUUUGAGGUUGUCACUACUGGGCAAGAAGACCUGGAUUUUGAAACAGGCCCACGCAUAUUUGACUUGCAGAUUUACAUUAAGGAUGAUGUUGGGGUCACUGACCUGCAGGUCCUGACCGUCCAGGUGACAGAUGUGAAUGAACCACCUCAGUUUCUAGGCAGCUUGGCAAAAGGUCUUGAGCUCUACAUAAUAGAAGGAGAACAACCUGGGUCCAUUUAUCAGCUUGAGGCCUGGGAUCCAGAAGACACAAGCCAGAACACCCCCCUCAGUUAUUUUCUGAUUUCUCCCUCAAAGGAAUUCACAAUAUCAGCUAAUGGCACCCUUUUCUCCACAACAAAAUUUGACUUUGAAGCUGGACAAAUCAGCUACCACCUCACUGUGGAAGUGAGAGACAGCCAGGGCCUCCAAGCCUCCACAGAGCUCCAGGUGAACAUUGUCAACAUCAAUGACGAGAUCCCUCGAUUCACCAGCCCAAAGCGAGUGUACAAGAUUCCUGAGGAGCUGGAACUGGGAACCAUCAUUGCCAAUAUCACAGCUAAGGACCCGGAUGAUGAAAGCUUUACCAGCUUCCUGUAUUACAGUAUCACGACUGCUAACCGCUACUUCAUGAUCAAUCCGUUGACUGGUACUAUCCAAGUGGCACACAGGCUGGACCGAGAUGCUGGGACAUUGAGACAAAAUCCUGCCAUUUCUCUGGAGGUCCUGGUGAAGGACAGGCCCACUGGGGGCCAGGAGAACCGUAUGCAACUCACCUUCAUUGUGGAAGACAUUAACGACAACCCUCCUGGCUGCACAAGGUUCUCCUUUAGCAUUCUGGUGCCUGAGAGAACAGCCAAGGGGAAGUUGCUUCUGGACCUGCAUGCAUUCUGCUUUGAUGAUGACAGCGAGGCACCCAACAACCAAUUCAACUUCACCGCACCAUCUGGAGUGGGGAGCAGUGGCAGAUUUGUACAGGAUCCAGCUGGCUCAGGGAAAAUUGUGUUGAUUGGUGACCUCGAUUGUGAAAAUUCAAGUAAUAUAGCCGUUGGCAAUAAAUACACCAUGAUAAUGCAGGUGCAGGACAUUGCCUAUCCUUAUCACAAAAAUAACAUCUACAUUUACAUCCAAACAAGCCCAGAAAAUGAAUUUCCUCUUAUAUUUGAUAGAUCGUCCUACAUAUUUGAAGUGUCUGAGUUAAGUCCGCCUAGAACCAAGGUUGGACAGGUGCUAGCAGCUGAUGAGGACUAUCCAAAGAACAGCAUUGUGUACUCCAUCUCCAUGGGAGGGGCCAGCCUCCAGUACCCGAACAUAUUCUGGAUUAAUCCUCACACAGGAGAGCUCCAGCUGGUGACUACAGUGGACUAUGAAACAACCCCUGUCUAUAUUCUCAGAAUCCAAGCCACCAACAUGGAGAACACAGGCUCAGUCACUGUGACUGUGAACAUCUUUGAAAAAAAUGACGAAAAGCCAAUCUGCACCCCACACUUUUCUUUCUUGGCCAUUCCAGUGGAUCUGAAAGUUGGAACAAAUAUUCAGAAUUUCAAGCUGACGUGUACUGACCUGGACUCGAACCCCAGGUCCUUUCGUUACUCCAUUGGUCCAGGCAAUGUCAACCAUCAUUUCACUUUCUCUCCCAAUGCUGGGUCCAAUGUCACACGCCUCCUCCUUGCCACCCGUUUUGACUAUGCCGGUGGGCUUGACAAGAUCUGGGACUACAAUCUACUUGUCUACAUAACUGAUGAUAACUUGCUGUCUGGAAGGAAUAAAGCCAAGGCUCUUGUGGAAACAGGGACAGUGACACUGAGUAUUCAAGUCAUUCCUCCCCCAACCACGAUUAUCACCACAACCCCCAAGCCCAGGAUCACGUACCAGAUCCUGAGAGAAAAUGUUUAUUCUUCAGCAGCAUGGUAUGUGCCUUUUGUUAUCACUCUGGGCUCCUUAUUGCUUCUGGGUGUCCUGCUGUACCUGAUCAUCCUGUUGGCCAAGGCCAUUCACAGACAUUGCUCCUUCAAGACUGAGAAGCACAAGAAGCCUCUGGUGAAGAAAGGAGUAAUCAAGAAUACAAAGAGAGAGGUUGUGGUGGAAACAAUUCAGAUGAACACUGUCUUUGAUGGAGAAGCCAUAGACCCUGUUACUGGGGCACUGUAUGAAUUCAACUCACACACUGGUGCCAGAAAAUGGAAGGACUCAUCAACCCAGAUGCCCAGAUGGGAAGAGUCUAGCCCCCUGGAAGUUGCUUCAAGUCGAACUAUUGCUGGGGACCAGGCGAGGCUACUGGGGAGGAACACCCACAAGGAAGAAGUGCUGAGUGGCACAGGGCAGGCUGGGGGUGUAGGCCCACAUUCCAGAAGUCAGGAGGGCAAGCCAGGCACACCAAAGAACAGAAACCCAACCCUUACAGCAACGGCCUCCCCCAAACUACAUCUGGGCUGGUGAAAGGUGUCUGGUGCUGGACCCACAAGGCCACAGCUUGGCUGUCCACACUAUGUUCUGUGAGAAUGGCUAUGUCACAGACAUGAAAAUGUGAACUGAAGGUAUCCAGAGAUUCCCAGGUCCCAAAUGGGAUGUGAGGCAAGCUAAAACAGAAGUUUUUACUAUAGUUGCUUUAUUAUUUUUUUUCUGAGACCACACAUGAUCUAUAUGUUUCUGAUCAGUUGGACUGUUGAUUUAGGAUAUGGAAUUGUAUUUCUUGUUCAUUUUUACUGCUAGAAAGCUCCUUUCAGUCCACCACUGGGAAGUACCCAGGGUUCCCUGACAUAAAUAUUGAAAAACAAGAUCAGAAGAGAAAACACAAGUAGAACCUGAACUGGAGUUGGCAUAUUGCACCAAAGUAAAAGACUCUGGGGUGGGUGAGAGGGAGAAUACAGGUCCAAAAAAGGAUGACAGAGGACCUAAUGGGGGUUGUAUUGUUAUGUGAAAAACUGAGAAAUGUUAUGCAUGUACAAACUGUUGUAUUUACUGUCGAAUAUAAAACAUUAACCCCCAAUAAAAAAAUUUAAAACAAGUAAAAUAAAUAAAUAAAUGAAUAAAAAGUUUAAGUUACCUGAAAAAAAAAUUUCCAUGUUUGAGGUUCUAAAGUCCCAGGUUCAAU